GCGACAAUAUAGCUGGUUGUCACCUUGACAAUUGACACCUGACACUUCUUCUUUUUCUGUCAACUGCUGUGUUAGGCAGGUUAUUUCACAAUGGCAAAACGUACGAAAAAGGUCGGAAUUACUGGUAAAUAUGGCACACGUUACGGUGCCUCCCUCCGUAAAAUGGUCAAAAAGAUGGAAGUUACCCAACACGCCAAGUAUACAUGCUCCUUCUGUGGAAAGGAUGCCAUGAAGCGCAGCUGUGUUGGCAUCUGGUCUUGCAAGCGCUGUAAAAGGACAGUAGCUGGAGGUGCCUGGGUCUUCUCUACCACUGCUGCCUCUUCAUGCAGGUCAGCUGUCAGAAGGUUACGUGAAGUCAAGUAAACAUUUAGAUUAAGGCAAUAAACAAAAAACUCAUCAA